GUUCUGAAGUAACGAUUUGGGAGUAAUUAAAGGGCUUUCAAUUCAAGAUACUACGAGAAAAUGGAACAAUAUCACGGCCUCUCGCGUUCCGUUGAAUGAAGAUUGGCCAUUUUCCGGGGUACUGUAUGGCUUACAACGACGGAGUUCGGAGGUGAGGGAGCUAAGAGAGCUCGACGCUUUGACGUGAGGCAUUCGCAAGACGCGGGAACAUUGUUUUCGGUGCACUGGAUCGGUCCGGCCCGUCAAGCAACAUUUCAUCGCCACUUGUGAGCAGGCAUGGCCGCAGGUGGGGUGCAUCAGCUGGCGCAAUGCAUCACAUGCCAUGCCUGGAAUGCUGAUAUGUCAAUGGUCGCUAUCUGUCCGAACAAUAGCGAGGUCCACAUCUACAAAGCCUCAGCAUCUCCGGAAGCAGUAUGGGAGCGGGUUUAUGUUCUUGAGAAGCACGAGCAAUUGGUUACGGGCAUCGAUUGGGCACCUAAGAGCAAUAGAAUUGUUACCUGCUCUCAUGACCGAAAUUCAUAUGUGUGGUCACUAGAAGAUGGUGAGUGGCAGCCAACGCUGGUCAUCUUGCGUCUAAAUCGAGCUGCAACCUCCGUAGAGUGGGGUCCUCAGGAAAAUAAAUUUGCUGUGGGAAGCAGUGCCAAGACUGUUUGUGUAUGCUACUAUGAAGAGGACAACAACUGGUGGGUGAGCAAGCUAAUAAGAAAGAAGCAUCAUUCCACUAUUACGAGUGUAUCCUGGCAUCCAAAUAAUGUUCUGUUGGCCACAACAUCGACAGAUAGCAAGUGUCGAAUUUUUUCCGCGUUCAUUAAAGGAGUUGAUGCGCGAAAAGAUGGAACGACAGCAUUCGGUGACGUCAAAUUUGGAGAGGAGUUGAUUCAGUUGGACCUUGCUUGUGGCUGGGCAUUUGGGGUACAUUGGUCACCAAGUGGAAAUAGCCUGGCCUACGUUGGGCAUGAUUCGACUAUUCACUUUGUCACGGAUGUCGGGCCAACCCCAAGUGCGCGCUCUAUAAGCUUGCGUCAUUUACCCCUGCGUGAUAUUCUGUUCUUAUCAGAGACAAGAUUGGUAGCUGGAGGGUUUGAUUGUAAUCCCAUGCUAUUUGCAUCCGAUAAAACUGGUGUUUGGGAAUUUAUUGCUUUCCUGGACGAGGUGAAACCUCCUGCGGAGGCUAAAUCUGAUACUCUGUUUGCUGCAGCUAAGGGUAAGUUCAAGUGGCUGGGUAGUGAGCUUUCUGAAGAAAAUGCUCCCACAACCACUCAUGAAAAUUGCAUCACGAUGAUUCGUUCUCUUGUGCCCUUUUCAGAAAGAAACUCAGAAAAGUCUAUUGAAGUGUUCAGCACAUCAGGUUUAGAUGGCAGGAUAGUCAUCUGGGACUUGAACAACUCAAACAAGGGAUGGAGCAAGCAGUGGAUACCACCCGUGGAGGAAGCCAAAAAGGUUUUAGAGAGGCUGAAGAGCUGCAUCAAGCCCGAAGCAGUUGAGGAAGCAGUUGAGAAACUCAAGUCCAGUGUGCUCCCACAAGCAGAGGAAGCGAAGAAAACACUCGUGCGAUUGAAGUCGAGUGUCAUUGAGUAUGUUGAGCAAGUGCCACAGAGCUCGGAGUUGCAUGAUUAGGCCGAGUUUCGUAGUACUGCUUGUUUUGCGCUCGACUGUAGUGGUGAUUGUUUAGGAUAUCGACUUCCAUGAUGAAGAUGCUGCUCUGGUUCUAAGAUAAGUCUCACAUCUCCGAACAGGUUCAUGAAAAAUGGUUCCUUCAGCCUCUGGAGCUGUGCGUGUCUGGUUUGUAUCAUUCAAAUUACAAUCCCUCGCCGCGCUAGUUCCUAUUACCAGCUAGUAGAAUAUCCCCUGUUUUGUGUACUACCAUAUGGAAUGUUGCAAUGGCAACUUAAGUUCACUUAAAUCGAAUCAUUUUCAUCGAAA